AUGAGAAACACGAUACACUAUCACAUUUCGCGAAUCGUCAAUAAAGUCACAAAUGCCAUAAUACAGCUCAGAAAUCGACAUAUAAAAAUGCCUACAACAGCUAGAGGGAUCCAAGAGAAGCAAAGUGCCUUUUACACCAUAGCCAAUUUUCCAUCUGUUAUUGGAACUAUAGACUGCACCCAUGUAAAAAUACAGUCCCCGGGUGGUGAUGAUGCUGAGCUAUUCCGAAACAGGAAAAGUUACUUUUCAAUUAAUUGCCAGACCAUCUCGGGUCCAAAUUUAAAAGUGCAGAAUGUAGUAGCACGUUGGCCAGGGUCAACACACGAUUCUGCAAUAUUUACAAACAGUCGAGUUUGUCAAGAAUUUGAAUCGGGCAUAUAUGGGCAAGCGCUUCUGUUAGGUGACAAUGGAUAUCCACUAAAGAACUAUCUGAUCACAUCUUACUUAAACCCAGGGACUCCAGCACAAGAAAGAUUUAACAAGAGCCAAAUAAAGACACGUAACACAGUGGAGAGACAAUAUGGUGUAAUUAAGCGGCGGUUUCCAGCUCUUGCAAUGGGACUUAGGAUAAAACUGGAAAGAGCUUGUAAUGUAAUUAUAGCCUGCUGCAUUCUUCACAACAUCUGUGUAGAUUUUGGAGAAGAUGUGCCCCCUACCCCAGAUGAACUAGAUGAAGAUACACUGAACAGGAGGAUUCAGGAUGGUCAAAUUGAAAAUCAAACAUUGGACUUCGGUUCGGUGGCCAUUGACAGAAGGAGUUUGAUUACUCAAAACUAUUUCUAA